GCGGAGCGGAGUGGAGACCGUGAGAAAGUGCAGCGGGCUGACGUAUGAAUUAAGCGGUGCUUAUAAACAUUUUUAAUUAGUGCUUGCUUUCGAAAUAGCUGGCGAUGUCGUCUGAGCGGUACAGCUUUUCUCUGACCACAUUCAGCCCCUCGGGAAAGCUGGUGCAGAUCGAGUACGCGCUGGCUGCUGUGGCUGCCGGUGCACCCUCGGUGGGCAUCAAGGCGUCCAAUGGCGUGGUGCUGGCCACGGAGAAGAAGCACAAGUCCAUCCUUUACGAGGAGCACAGCAUUCACAAAGUCGAGAUGAUCACCAACCACAUCGGCAUGGUCUACAGCGGCAUGGGGCCCGACUACAGGUUGCUGGUGCGCCGAGCACGCAAGUUGGCCCAGCAGUAUGAGCUGAUGUACAGUGAGCCCAUCCCAACUGCUCAACUGGUGCAGAAGGUCGCCUACAUCAUGCAGGAAUACACACAGACAGGGUAAGACUGGCACUU